UGGCACACAAGGCACUGCUCGGGCCGCCGCUCGCCGCACGCUGGACGUCGAGGCUCUGUGCAGAUCGCCUCGCCGCAAGGAGAGCAGGGAGAUCUGGGAAGGGACGAGGGCAGGCGGGGGGGGACGUGACUGGCUGCAAGUCUGCUGUGAAUCUGCAGUCUCACACAUGCAUACACACACUCACAGAAGCAUGAUCCAUCUGUCUGUUUAUAUGUCUUUGUGCUGCCGAUGGUGCUGUGGAGGGGCCGAGGACGAUCCUGACCAGGACCACCACUAUUCACCACAUCCCUGGAUGUAACCUGACCCUGUUUUCUGGGCCUUUUGCCUGGUUGGAAAGAAACAAGACUUUUUUUUUUUUUUUUUUUUUUUUUUCAGGCAGGGUGGGGUGGAUGGCUUUUGUGGGUUAGUAGUGUUGUGACUCUGUCUGUUGCAGGAUGGAAGGAAGAAAGGAGAGAAGGUUUGGCUAGUGGCUGGAAAGAGACGGAGGCAAGAGGGUGAUCUCCACAUUAAAACAGGAAUAGGACCAUGGGAGACAUGAAGACGCCAGAUUUUGAUGACCUGCUGGCGGCCUUCGACAUCCCCGACAUGGUGGAUCCCAAAGCCGCCAUAGAAUCGGGCCACCACGAUGACAGCGACGGACCACUGAAGCAAACCCCUGGCAGUGUGGCGACUGGCGAAGAGGCCAACAGCGCCUCAACGGCGCAUGAUGUUGGCGUCAGUGUCAUUGUUAAGAACAUUCGGAACUCAGACUCCAGUGAACAUGGUGGACCUACUCCAGACAGGAAUGGGAAUUUUCAUUCCCAUCUCCAACCACAUUCUUUCAGCAAUGGACUUCAUAAUGGCUUCUUGCCCACGAUUUCAUCUGCUGCUCACAUCAACAAUGGCUGGAAUCCUCCUAAAGAGGACAGACAGAAAGUCAACAGCCAGCCAUCCGCCUUCAGUCAGUUCAGUCCAAUCUCGAGUGCAGAGGAGUUUGACGAUGAUGAGAAAAUUGAGGUAGAUGAUCUCACAGACAAGCGAGGAAGUCAAAACCCCAAUAAGCCCACUGCUAAGAAAGAAGAACUGACUCUAAAAUCAACUGUGGACGGUGGUUCCAAGUCCAAAACCGAAGGAGACCAAAAACCUGAUCAAAAUAACAACAACAGCACAGUAAGUGGUUUUAAGUUUCACAAGCCCUCUCAGCCCACAUUUGAUCAGGAGGUACUCAAAGAAAUUCCCCUGAAGUCUCAAGAUCCAGAAGGCAGAGAAGCUGGUGAAUCAUCUGGAGUUGCAAAUAUGAACAAUGUUCCUCAAGUUAAGUCUAAGUCCUCUACGAAGCUGUCAUCCUGUAUCGCAGCCAUUGCAGCUUUGAGUGCCAAAAAGUCCAACGCUGUGGACUUAAGUACCUUUGAUUCUCCAGCAGCACAGAAAGAUUCCAUUAAGGGUGCUGAAAAUGUGGAGGUUCCAGAGAAGUCUCAGGAGCAAGAGUCUGCCCUGGAGUUUGCAAAGAGGUUGCUAACGAGACAGAUGGACAGCCCGUCAAGCGUCAUCAGUGAGGGGAGCAGCAAAGGCUCUCCUUCCUCAACCACAGACACUGCCCCAGUCAUUCCCAAAGUGAGAAUAAAAACAAUCAAAACUUCAUCCGGGCAUAUCAAACGUACUGUCACUCGAAUUCUCCCGGAGUUUGAUCCAGAGAGUCUUAAAAAAGGAGACAACCCAUCUCUCCUGGCAACUACAAAUACAAUUUUCUCAUCUCCGACAAAAUCGUCUUUGCCAGCCACUGUGGUAGCCACACCCGGAGGCCCUUCCAUUGAAAUAACUAAGCAAAUGACUAUUAAACCUGUGGCAACAGCAUUCCUGCCAGUCUCGGCAGUCAAAACAGCUGGCUCACAGGUCAUCAACCUGAAGCUGGCCAACAACACCACAGUCAAAGCAACAGUCAUCCCUGCUGCGUCCAUGCAAAGUGCCAGCAGCGCCAUUUUAAAAGCUGCUAAUGCGAUCCAGCAACAGACUGUCAUGGUACCUGCCUCCAGUCUGGCUAAUGCCAAACUCGUGCCAAAGACAGUCCAUCUUAGUAAUCUCAAUCUUCUUCCUCAAACGCUGUCCUCUGCGGCCUGCGAUCUCCAACAGGCCCUGUCCUCCUCCAAACAGCCACAGCAACAAUCAUCACAAGUGAAACAGCAGAAGAUUCUUUCUGGCCAGGCCUCAAAGAAAGUCUCCCGGGUUCAGGUGUUCACCAGCUCGCAAAGCUCCGUAGUGGACGCCUUCAAUAAAGUCCUGAGCAGCAUGAACCCAGUGCCAGUGUACAUCCCAAACCUGUCUCCACCAACCGCCGCCUGUAUCUCUCUACCCUCACGAGGCUACAAGUGCCUGGAGUGUGGAGAUUCGUUUGCUCUGGAGAAGAGCCUGACACAGCAUUAUGAGCGCCGCAGUGUGAGGAUUGAGGUGACUUGCAACCACUGCGCCAAGAGUCUUGUGUUCUACAACAAAUGCAGCCUCCUGUCUCACGCCAGGAGCCACAAAGACAAAGGGAUGGUCAUGCAAUGCUCGCAUCUGAUCCUGAAACCUAUACCUGCAGAUCAGAUGAUCAGUGCAUCGAUUUCAUCAGAAUCACCCAGCGUCACCGGCACGAGUGCAACUCCUCAAGCAGGUACAGGACAAAUCCAAGGUAAAUCUUCCAGUGGAGCCACCCAAGCUGCGGUGAUCUCAGCUCCAUGCAGUGCUCCUCUUGUGGCAGCCAUGCCACUGGAAGACGACGCUGCGAAGCUCUGCAGGCACAGCCUGAAAUGCUUGGAGUGCAACGAAAUGUUCCAGGAUGACAGCUCGCUAGCAAUGCACUAUCAACAAGCACUGGAGUCCAGUGGUCAGAAAACAUGCAGCAUUUGCCAAAUGCUCCUCCCAAAUCAGUGCAGCUUUCUGUCACACCAGCGAAUCCAUCAGCACAAGUCUCCUUACAUUUGUCCGGAGUGUGGUGCCAGUUGCCGCUCUGUCCACUUCCAGUCGCAUGUCACCAAGAACUGCCUGCAUUACACCCGGAGAGUCGGCUACCGUUGUCCUCACUGCAGUGUGAUUUUUGCUGAUGUUGCGACUCUCAAGUCGCACAUCCAGACCACUCAUUGUGAGACCUUCUACAAAUGUCCUUUGUGCCCGAUGGCCUUCAAAUCUGCCCCUGGGACGCACUCACAUGCGCAUACACAGCAUCCAGGAAUGAAGGCCGGAGAGCCCAAGGUGAUCUAUAAAUGCUCCAUGUGUGACACGGUGUUCACUCUGCAGUCCUUGCUCUACACGCAUUUCGAUCAGCACGUUGUCAGUCACAAAAUUUCAGUGUUCAAAUGUCCUGACUGCUCCACGCACUACGCUCAGAAGCAACUCAUGCUGGAUCACAUCAAGGCUAUCCAUGGAAGCCUAAAGACCAUUGAGGGUCCACCAAACUUGGGCAUCAACCUUCCUCUGAGCACAAAGCCCACUAAUUCCAACAGCAGCAACAGUCCCCACAACACUAAAGACACGGGAAAUGUCAACGGGCAAGAAAAAAGGGAGAAGAAGUUCUCGCUUUCACCCUUGAAGAAACCCAACAGUGACUGUUCAGCGGACUUCAAGAGUCCUUCCAGCUCAGGAUACACAUGCACUGUGUGCAACAGCGCCUUCACUUCCAAGGAGACGUUUGUGACGCACAUGAGACGAGAGCACGGCAAGACUCUAAAGAAGCACCCAUGCCGACAGUGUGACAAGUCCUUCGGUUCUUCACACAGUCUCUGUCGACACAAUCGCCUCAAACACAACGGACUCCGAAAGACGUACACCUGCCCGCACUGUCCGGCUCACAGUCAGCCCUUCACUAAGAGAGUGCUGCUGGAUCAGCACGUUCAGAUCAUGCAUGGCGUGAAAGACGAAGGAGGAAAGACCGUUGAGGACUCACCUGGCAAGGACAUGAGCUGCAGCCCCAAAAGGAAGCAAGAAGAAGAGGAUAGGUCGACCGGUUUGAACUCCCGAGGCUCCGACUCGCAGCCCUUGAAGAGGCUCAAGGUGAACAUCCUCAAAGUUCACAAGUGUGCCGUCUGCAGCUUCACCACGGAAAACAUCACCGCUUUCCACGAGCACAUCCCCCAGCACAAGUCGGACCGCUCGUCCUACCAGUGCCGGGAGUGCGGCCUGUGCUACACCUCCCACCCCUCGCUGGCGCGGCACCUCUUCAUCGUCCACCGGCUCAAGGAGCCGCAGGGUCUCGGCCGGUACAGCGGACGGGGCCGGGAGGACGAGGAGAGCCAGAGGGAGAACCAGCUGGACGUGGCGGACGAAAACGACGACGGCACGCCGAACACCAAGUGCAAGGUGUGCGGCAAGCUGUUUGAGACCGAAGGGAACUUGAAUACGCACAUGAGGACGCACGGGAUGGCGUUCAUCAAGGCCAAGAGACUGAGCACGGCCGAAAAGUGAGAGAAAGACACU